AGGUCGCAACCACUACUUCGUACUUAGAAGCUGCUAAAAGUAAAAUAGUUUUAGUUCUGUCCAAAGAAACAUUUUAGGCCAGGACUACUACAAAUUCGUUACUAGAAAUUGUCUUGGACGACAUUGAUCAAGAUGCAGGCAACGCUUAGGUAUUGUGUGGUGGUCAUGCUCGCCGCUACCUUCACUGGUUUAGCGGUUUCAUUGAACAACGGUUUGGCCCGCACACCUCCCAUGGGAUGGCUGGCUUGGGAACGCUUCAGAUGCGACCUGGAUUGCAAAGAUGACCCGGACAAUUGUAUCAGUGAAAAGCUGUUUCUGGACAUGGGUAAGCGACUCAGUGAGGACGGCUGGACGAAAUUGGGCUAUGACAGAGUGAAUAUUGAUGAUUGUUGGCCAACAAAACAGAGAGAUGCUGAGGGUCGCUUGGUGGCUGAUCCUGAGAGAUUUCCUCACGGUAUUAAAUGGCUUGCAGAGGAGCUGGCCAAGAUGGGAGUUAAGCUUGGUAUUUAUGAGGACUACGGUAAUUACACAUGUGGUGGAUACCCCGGGACGCUUGGCCACAUCACAACGGACGCCCAAACGUUUGCCUCGUGGGAAGUGGAUAUGCUCAAAAUGGACGGCUGCUACGCAAAAGUAUCGAAAAUGAAUGCUGCUUAUCCGGAAAUUGGCAUAGCGCUGAACAAAACCGGCCGGCCGAUUCUCUACUCUUGCAGCUGGCCAGACUACGAGCGGGUCACAGGAACUCCUAUCAACUAUACGCUUGUUGCGCAAUAUUGCAACAUCUGGCGGAACUUCAAUGACAUUCAGGACUCCUGGCAGAGCGUGUACACUAUCAUCGACUACUAUGGCGAUCCGAAGAACUAUGAAGCGUUCGGCAAGAUCGCUGGCCCCGGAAACUGGAACGAUCCGGACAUGCUGAUUGUCGGCGAUUUUUCGCUGAGCUUUGAGCAGAGCAAGGCUCAGUUUGCAUUCUGGUGUCUAAUGGCAUCGCCGCUGUUCAUGUCCAACGACCUGCGCGCCAUCUCCGACGAAGCUAAGACCAUCCUGCAGAACGAGGAGGUGUUGGCUAUCAAUCAGGAUCCGCUGGGUGUGCAGGGCUAUCGCGUGUCCCAGUCUGGCGGCACUGAGGUCUGGUGCAAGCCACUGCAGGACAAAUCUGUGGCCGUGAUCCUGUGGAAUCGCAGCACGGGUGGAAUGCAUAGGACCAUCGCCGUGGAGUUUGAUAAGGUGGGUUUACCGGCCACGGCCCAUGUGUCCGUCCGUGAUCUCUACGAGCACCAGGACAAGGGAACGUUCACUGGCUUCUACUCUACGUUCGUCAACCCAUCGGGUGGUGUGGUCAUGCUCAAGUUGACAGUGAAGGCCGGUGACAAUGCACUCUAAGUGUCCUACUCAUCCCUGGGUUUGCAAUCAUAUUUUUCUUCUUUUUGCUGGGGUUGUUAAUUUUUCACAACAUUUGGACUGGCAAAAAAUAUAUUAAAUCUGCACGUACUUCAGUACAAUUACAAGCUGACUUGCGGUACACCCAACUUUUGCUCUUAGCAGUGCAGUACGAGUGUAUCUCCAUACCCGCUGCAUUGUCUCUAUUUUAUCGAGAAUUAGUUCAUGCCGCCCGUUUUGGAGCCAUCAGUUGCCUGAUGAUCGUAGUAAUACGUGAAACUCAGAGCUGUGACAAAGCUUCCAAUCUCUCUUGUAUCGAGGAUUAUUAAUUCUAUUCGAAGUAUAAUGCCACAGUAUUUUGGAAGAGAGAAAUGAGAAAAACGUGUUUGUCAAAAUUCUAAAUUUCAUAAUGAAGAUAUUCUUUCGUAAGAGUAGGUGAAAUCAAAAAUAGAGACUUGCUGUGGUU